AUCAGUUUCAAUAUCUGGUGGAAUUCGUUUUGAUGGGUUUCAAUUUCAAUCAAUCCAUGAACUCUCAAUUGAAAGAUUAAAAUUUAAACAAUAAGAGAAAAAUAAUUUUUCGGGCAGAAGUGGGUCUUGAUUGAUAUUAAUGUUUUUCCACGUUUGUUGUUAACGGAGUGUUAGAGUGGAUCUCAUUCUUAUGUUCCAUGCCUUAUUGUGCAACAACGAUCAACAUGUUCAUUUUCCCCGAAGAUAAAUUGCCGGCUUAACUAUUACACAUACUUGCUUAGCCGUUGAACUUUCGUUACAUAAGCAUUGUACAUAUGUACCAAAGAAACCUUUAAAGAAAGAACGCUCAAAUACCACUAUUACCAGUCUCGGGUAAAACACUGAGAUUUCAGGUAAUUGAAAAUCGUCUGUAACAUAAUGCAUAGGGAUUCCCAAUCUCUAUCUUGGUUCGAAAUAUUGAUGACCUCCAUGGCAAGGAUGGGGCCGGUACCGGAUCAUGUCGCGAUCAUAAUGGACGGAAAUCGACGCUACGCGAGGAGGAAAGGAUUGAAGGUGCGGCAUGGUCAUGAGGCGGGGGCGGACAACUUGAUGAAUUUGGAUCGCUGGGGAAAGGCGGUGGGUUGCAAGGAGUUGACCGUGUACGCCUUCUCAUCCGAAAAUUUCAAGCGGUCGAAAGAAGAAGUUGACCACCUGAUGGAUUUGAUGGGAAGCCAGUGUGCUUGUUGGCUGCAAGAAAUAGAAAGUGGAGACAUAAAGGAUGUGUGCAUCCAAAUGAUGGGAAAGUGGGACAAUUUUCCGGCAGAAUUACGACACCGAAUGGCUAACGUGAUGCAGAAAACGAGACACUUUAAACCCUACAAGUUCAACAUUGCGGUUGGUUACACAGGUCGCGAAGGUAUUUUACGCAGCUUGGAUGCUCUGUCGAUGAACAAUGACGAACAAGGUGAAGAUCUCCAUCGUCUCAUGCCGUCCCAAUGGAACGAAUAUCUCGUCGAGCAAUCUCAACACUUGCUCGACAUGCGACCUGUCGACCUUCUUGUCCGAACAGGAGGAGAUUGUCGCUUAUCCGACUUUAUGAUGUGGGAGGCAUCCCAAGCCUGCAUACACUUUACUACCGUGACCUGGCCAGAGUUUAAUUUCAAGGAGUUUAUCCAUGCCAUGCUUGUUUAUCAAGUGCAUAGGAGGAAGGUGUCAAAACAGUCAUUGGCGAUUGGACAUCUUUCAAAGAUUGAGUUGGCAUCUGUACAACCCGUUUUAGAGAAAUCUCGGAACGAUCGAUGGGCAAGGAUUGAACGACUCGCCAAAAAGGAUACGUCAAUUGAAAAGAUUACGAAGAUAAUCACUCCGCCAAAUAAAUUGGCCCAAAUUUUGCAAAAUUUGACAAAAUUUUAACGUCUUGCUUUAAUUUAUUUAACAACAAAUUAUACAAACUCUGGGUUGCUAGCAUGUAACAUUAAUUGCACGAUAGGUAGGCCACAGGAACACACUUUCAGAAUAAAGAUUUCGAAUCUACAUAGAUAUGUAGAAAAACUGUCUACUUAGCUGAUAAGUAUUAUAAAUAGAAUAUACACAUACUUAUGCUCGUAUUUAUUGUUAUAUAAUUUACUCCAAACCUAAUAAAACCGGCUCUUGAGUGACUUAUGAAAACUAUCAUAGCGAGAACUAGGUGUUUCGACCAAUCAAAAAAUCUGAUCGGGAGCGUGACAUAAAUGAUAUAGGUAUGUUGUACAUAUGUACAUAAAUGAGGCAAGUUAAUAUUUGUGAGCCCUUUAAGGAAGUGUCGGAUUAAAUUGGCUUAUGGACAA